AUGGCAUCGAUCCUAGAAGUUGGUGUUGAUGGGCAAAGAUUCUUCAACGUAUUUGAUGCUGCUCCAGAAAACGAUAGAGAUGGACCUUCUCAACAGAUGUCUAUCGAGAGAAAGGACGAAACAUAUCAAGUCAUUAGUACUCGAAAAAAAAUUCUCAGAUCACGUGUUAUUUUAAGGAGCGUCAGCAUCGUCACCAAACGGACAGUUCUUAGGGACAAACUUCCCCAGCAUAGUCAUGUGAUGAUUAC